AUGGCAAUACAAAAAAUGAGUGAAUCGGAAGAAUCGCCAAAACUUUGCGGCGUUUGCGGCGAUAAAGCUCUCGGUAAAAAUUUCUGCGCCCUUUCCUGUGAGAGCUGCAAAGCCUUCUUUCGGCGAAAUGCAUCCAAUUAUCACAAAAUGAAGUGCUAUUACGGAGAGAAAUGUGAGAUCAAUCUCGAGACCAGAACUGUUUGCCGCAAAUGUAGACUUAAAAAGUGUUUCGCUAUCGGAAUGAGAAAAGAAUGGAUACUGAAUGACGAGGAAAAAGAGGUCCGCAAACGUAAAAUACAAAACAAUAGACAUAAGAGAGUAUCCAAUAAUCAUAACAAUGAGUGCAGAAUUGUGGACAAAAUAGACGAGUCGACCAACUCUUCGUACACGCCGUCAAUGUUUGCCAACAGUAAUGAUAUAUCGGAUAAAAUGGAUAUAUUAGAAAUGAUAGGCAAUGGCAACAAAAACAACGUGAUUACAGUUAACGCCGAGAGCCUGAGUACGCAAAUCAUUGAAAUGCAGACCAAUAUGACUGAAGAGACGGACAUAUCAGUGGAGGCGUACCGGAAGGCACUGGAGCUGGAGAUGGCAGUGAUUCCGAUGGCGCGGCCGCUCACGAGUGGCCGCUUCAACGAGACGGAGAGCAUGAGGUUUACGGAACUGAUUUCGGUGACUGAGGUGUUCCGCACACCGAUACCGAAGUGCACGUCACAGGUGUGUAACUUCACGGAUGCGGUCACUGUAUUGAUGAGCAAAUGCGACGAAGAGGUGCGCGAAGUGGUGAAGGCUUUCAAACAGUUAAACGCUUUUCGCACGCUUUGCCAAUCGGACCAAAUCCUGCUCUUGAAGUAUAGCGCCAUUCAAAUGAUAUGUAUGCGGGCCGUGGUUUGCUAUGACGAUGACACCGAACACUGGAGUAUACCUCUGGACGACGACAACUCAACUCUCGUUCAAUUGAAAUUUUUGAAAGGCUAUGAGAAGGACUUAUACUCACCGAUGAAGCGCUUCCUAUGCGUUAUGGGAAAGGAAUACGAUUCCGACGAAACUAUUUUAGACCUGAUGACAGCUAUAGUUUUAUUUGGCCCAGAGCAUCCCGACCUCAUCCACAAGGAGGCCAUUAAACUCCAACAACAGGUUUACAUGUAUUUACUUCAACGAUAUUUGCAGAUGAAAUACGGGUCCGAAUGUGUGGCCAAAUGCAAGUUUAUAAGGCUUAUGAAUGGCUUGUCGUACGCCAACAAAUUGCACCAGAAGUACAUUGUACAUUUUCUCGAUGCCAUCCCAUCUGAUAUUAGCCCUCUUCUCAAUGAGAUAUGCGAUCGCAGGCCUCAACCAAAAGCAAUUACAUUUACCCUAGGUUGAUUUGAAACGU